AAAAAACAAAGAUGUCGCAGGGAGCGGAGUCAAUAGAGAAACAUCUCAAGUAUCUCGAUUUUGCUCGAAUAUUCAACAACUGCCCUCAAACAGAUCACUCUAAGUACGCAAGUGGAGCCAAUGUUAAUGAGGAUAUCAAGCCGGUAUACAUGGAUGUCGCAAAGGAUAGAGGCUUAGCGGCCUUCGACCGCUCUCAAUUCUGAUAGGGCCAUGGCUUGGGUAAGGCAACGAGGCUGAGACGUGCAGCAGCAGGGCUGUGAACAUGCGCACUUCUCUACCUUCCGUGGUUGAGCUACGAAGCAAAUUUAACCAUUUCCAUGAAUCUGCAGCAAUUCUAGCUCGCUUUUGUCAUAACUUUUGACUCUUUCAACUUCCUUUACAUCUUCUAUUUCUUCAGGGAUCUUUGUCAUGGACAUUGCAACAGGUGUUGUUGGUUGCUUUGGGGUCGCUGUCCAGCUCAUUGAAACUGUCGACAAGAUUCAGAAAUUCCUUCGUUCUCUGGAUGAAGUUCCUGAAGAUUUGGCUACAAUCAAUUCGGCUUUGACUGUGAUUCGAAUUGUCUUGAUCAAAAUCAAGGCUGUCGGCAAUAUCUGCAAUAAUGACCAGGCAUUAUUGACUGCGCUACCUGAAUGUGAGCGGGCUGUCAAUUUUCUGGAUAGCGUGGUCAAAGACCUCGAACGAGGUGUAGAUGACAUGCAUUGGGUACAGCGGAUCCGGGCCAGAAUCAAAGCAGCGAGGAGAGAGGGAAAACUCGAGAAACUGGAGAGCAAACUAGAGCAAGCAAAAAGUACCUUGCUUUUGGCAGUGAAGUACGUUAACCGCUCACCAUGGUGAUUUCCGCCAAGAGAGAUCGCUGCAUUUUGAUCUCACUCUUUCAGAUAUGCAUUCUGAUUCUGUUAAAUUUCUGUCCAACAGUUUACAGGAAGUCGAAAUGAUGCAGACAAUCGUGCAACAAUUGGCUGCUAUGCAUGUUCGGGA